GCUCACUGGUACUCACAUCUCCAGUGAGGGACGCAGCUGUAGCACUCUGGAAAUCACAGGUAUGGUGGCUCAAGUGACGAAUUCCCUUGUUAAGUUCCUGCUGAUACUAAUUGGACUUGUAUCGGUAAUACUCAACAUUGUGUUAAUGUGCUUGAAUUCAAAUAGACUUCCAAAAUGUCAGUUACAACCGCAGGAGUCGAUCGUAGUCAACCACUCGGAGCGCAGUUUGAUAUUUGCAGAUCUCACUCCCCAGGAGUACCAAUUAGUUCGCAACUACAUGUGGGGUCAAGCAGAUUUAAAAAUUUCUCAUGCCGCCACAGCAAGAACAUCAGAGAACUUCAUCUUCUUAAUUGACCUCUUGCUUCCGAAAAAAGCUGAUGCUCUGCUCUAUCUGGACGUGAAGGGACCCAAACCUCCACGUGAAGCAACGGUUGUUGUCUUCUUUGGAGAGCGCGGGUACCUCAAGGAGUAUGUGGUGGGACCGCUAUCUGGGGACAUGCGACAUCGAGAUGUUACAAAGGAGAAAUACAAACUCCCUAGUCUACCUUUCACGGCCCGACCAGUCACAAUUGGAGAAUAUGUACAGCUUUUUACCUUCCUAUAUAAUGAGGUAUUUCGGAAACUUGAAACAGAACUAAAGGAAAGUUUUGGCUAUAUUCCAAACCAAAGGAACCUGAAUGCGUUCGAGGGAAUGCCUCGCGGGGUGACGGCAGGCGACCGCAAGACAUGGCUUUCCUUUUUUCGUGACUACAGUGGGAUGUAUAUCCAUCCAGUGGGAUUUGAAGUUUUAAUCAAUCAUGAAGACAAAAACUCUUCAAACUGGAAGGUUGAAAAGUUAUUGUACAAUGGUGAAUAUUUUGAGAGCAUAAAUAGUUUUAAAAGGAGCUAUGCAACAAGUCGUUUAAAUAAGAUUGUCUUCAAAGACAUUUCUAAUUAUGCAUCACUGAAACCGAGAAGAAGACCCACUGGCUUGGGACCGCAACAGUAUUAUGUCCAAGGUAAACGAUUCAGCGUGAGGAAUAACCAGGUCAUUUACCUGGACUGGAAUUUCGCCUUUGGGUUGAGCUCGCUCACUGGCAUGCGCGUGUUUGAUGUUCGAUUCAAAGGAGAAAGGAUUGCCUACGAGCUCAGCGUUCAAGAGGCGAUGUCUGUGUACGGUUCUAUCACGCCAGGUAUGAUCCUUACUAAAUUCCUGGAUUCCAGCAUCGGGAUCGGACGCUUUGCUCACGAACUGGUGCGAGGCGUUGACUGUCCUUACUUGGCUACUUAUGUAGACGUUUACCGCUACAUCGACACAAAUGUUACACAGCGUUACAGGAACGCCAUAUGUGUGUUUGAGCAUGACACUGGCCGACCGCUACGACGACACUUUUCAGACUUUUUCCAUAACAGCUACGGAGGUCUGGCAAACAGCGCUUUGUAUUUCCGUACCAUCACAGCUAUAGGUAACUACGAUUAUAUUUGGGACUUCAUAUUUUAUCAGAGCGGUUCCGUGGAGGCACGAGUACACGCCACUGGCUACAUAUCGUCAUCAUUCAAAGUUGAUGGAAGUCUGAAGUUUGGCCACCAGGUCGCGGAAAAUGUUCUUGGGAAUAUCCACACACAUUUCGUCAACUUCAAGGUGGAUCUGGAUAUUUUAGGUGUGAAGAAUGUGUUUCAGACUAAAGACAUGGUGUUUGAGGAGGUACCAUUACCUUGGAUGCCGCAGCGCAAGGCGAAGAUCCCACAUCUGGUGGAGAAUCAAAUCAGGACGGAGAGAGACGGGGCACUGCGCUAUGACAGCAAGAUGCCCCGCUACCUCCAUGUAGCCAGCAAUCAGACCAACUGCUGGGGCCACCAGCGCUCCUACAAGCUGCAGGUGGUGAGCUUUGCUGGGGACCACCUUCCUGAGAGUGAGCCUGAGGAGAAGAGUAUGAGCUGGGCACGAUACAAAGUUGCCAUAACAAAACAUAAAGAUGAGGAGCAGACCAGCAGUAGCCUCUAUAGUCAGAACUACAUGUGGGACCCAGUGGUUGACUUCAGCAAGUAUAUUGAGGAUAAUGAGGUCAUUGAUAAUGAGGACCUGGUUGCCUGGGUUACUGCAGGCUUCCUCCAUAUUCCACAUGCUGAGGACAUCCCCAACACUGUUACCGUGGGCAACGGGGGCGGGGUCCUUCUGAGGCCGCACAAUUACUUUGAUGAAGAUCCCUCCAUCCAUUCGCCUGAUGGUGUGUACUUCAAUCCUGGUUCAGAGAAUGACUGCGAGUACAACAAGAUAGCAUGUUUAGAUAAAGGUCUGUGUAGUCCAUCACUGGACCCUUUCACUUACCACGGAUUUGAAGGGGUCAUGCGAUUUGAAGAAUGAUGUUUUUUGUUCCUUUUUUCAAAAGCAUCAACUCUUUUUAAAAUAUCAUGACUGUAUAUGUGGUACAUUAAUUUUUUUACCAGCAGCAUUGCUAUGAUAAUAUUAAAUAAAGGUCAAUACAGGUAUUUUCUCAAUUUUUUUGUUAAUGUGAAAUUCACUGCAAAGCAUGCCCAUCUGCCCCACUUAAACACGCCCACCAGUCCAAAGGCAACAGACAGACGUUUCUCAUACAUACUUCAAAAAUCAAUGUAUGAACAAUAGCAGAAUAUAGGCAUUGUUACUGUAAAGUUGUACUCUGGUUUAGUAACUUUCUGUACUACAAUAUUUAUAAAGUGAAAUGUCAGAACAACGUUUCAGACUGUGUUACUUUAUUUGUGGGUUUUACUGUAAAUAAAAAAUCACAUAUAAUCCCCUCUGAUUGGUUUGUGGUGUUUAACCAUUUUGGUCUGUGGACUGGGUUGCUAUAGUCUGCAGUGAGAAUUAGGCUGAAUCUUGUCUUUUUUUCAAUAUAUUUUCUAAUUAAUAAUUGACUACAUUUAAAUAACCCAUGCAUAUUUAACUCGCCUGUAACUUUCAGGACCUGCAUGCCUUUUUUUUUGCAUAUGACCAUCCCCUUUUCCUACGAGUACUGUACAAGCAAUCAUCAGCAAUAAGUGCACCAAUGGCAUAAAUUAUGGACAAUUUAGGAAAUGACAAGUAAAGAAACUACUGAUUCUAUUUAGUGUAAGUCAUGUUACUGAUUCUAUUAUUUAAUGUACAUCAUGUUACUGAUUCUAUUAUUUAGUGUACGUCAUGUUACUGAUUCUAUUAUUUAGUGUAAGUCAUGUUACUGAUUCUAUUUAGUGUAAGUCAUGUUACUGAUCCUAUUAUUUAGUGUACGUCAUGUUACUGAUUCUAUUAUUUAGUGUACGUCAUGUUACUGAUUCUAUUAUUUAGUGUAAGUCAUGUUACUGAUUCUAUUAUAUAGUGUACGUCAUGUUACUGAUUCUAUUAUUUAGUGUACAUCGUUACUGAUUCUAUUAUUUAGUGUACGUCAUGCACAGAUACUUUAACUGUAUUCAAGCCUUUUCAAUUAAUCAGCCUUCUAUACUGUGCAGAUAUAUGCCUUUUCUUUUUAUUUAAAUCGAAGGCUGAAAAAAGUUUGGCAGUGAUAGCCAAUCAGGGUCUUUGUUAAUUAACAUGUAUGUGUGGGAAUGAACAAAUGGCCUAUAGAAAAACUUAAAUACUGAAUGAAAAUUUUAUUUACAGAGUAAAUCAACCUUAACUGUAGCUUUCCACUGUUGCUUCCUUGUUCAGAUACACAAUCAUUUGGAUAAAACAUUGAAUUUACAAAAUACUAAUCACAUUUUUUAAUGUGUGUUUUUUUCUUGUUAUUUCUUCUCUCUUGUAAAUUGCAGCUAGGUUAUACUGAACAUGUAACCUUUAUAUAAAUCUAUAUACACAUCUUUGGUCAUAGAAAUGUAUUUAACUUUGUCAAAUAAAAAGAUCAGUUUAA